UUUUUGCAUUUUUGUCUAACUUAUCUAAACUUCCAGAAUGUUGCAUUAGUAUACAAUCAAUAUUUUGUAAUUUUGAGCAAAGCAUAAUGUUUUAAAAUGUUAUUUUAUUUGUUUCUCAUUCCCUAUAUAUUACUAUCGGAGAUGUGCACUGGUCGAGUCCAACUAGAAAAAUCACUCAGGUGUGACAAUCACAUUUGGGGUAUAUACGGGUAGAGUAAAUUAGGCUACCUGAAAGAAAUAUGACGGAUAAGAUGAGAAAGGUGUACGUAUUUAUUAAUUCAUGUCAGCUUUAACAUGGAGUCCUUGUUAUCUCAUAACAAUGUUUUCCAGGUGAUUUUAUCGAGUGUGUCAUGCAUUAUCAAGAACUGAUGCCAACAAGGUCGACUGACUGAUAAAAUGGUUGUAAAUGAAUUAAUCACAUGACAUUGAAAGAUGGCGGUAACAUCCGCCUCCAAAGCGUCACUACAGGAACAUCUCUAUAAAAUUCUCGUCAUUGGUGAAUUCGGUGUAGGAAAGACUUCAAUCAUUCGUCGUUAUACGGAAGGAUCCUUUUCGCCAAACUACAAACUCACCAUAGGCGUUGAUUUCGCAUUGAAACUUGUGGACUGGAACGAAAAUACAAAAAUCAACCUUCAGCUGUGGGACAUAGCGGGUCAUGAAAGAUUUGGACACAUGACUCGAGUAUAUUACAAAUAUGCAAUAGCAGCCAUAAUUGUCUUUGAUCUCUCGCGUCCAGCAACAUUUGACUCAGUCUCCAAAUGGCUCGGGGAUGUUAAUUCUAAAGUCAUGCUAGCCAAUGAACAGCCAGUUCCAGUGCUUUUAUUGGCAAACAAGUGUGAUCUUGAAGAUGUGGUAAUCGACUCUCAUCGUUUGGACCAAUAUUGCGUUGAUCAUUCAAUUAUUGGUUGGUUUCCAACAUCAGCUAAAACUAGUAAAAAUGUCGAUGAGGCCAUGAAGUUCCUUGUAGAAAAAAUUCUGGAGCUUCCUUCGGAAAGCCAACAGCCCGCUGAACAUAUCUCACUCUCUGCUUCAAUCAAGAAGCCUCAAUUUGAUGACUCGUUUGAAAUGGACAAAGAAUCGCCAAAACCAAAGAACCAAUGUUGUAGCUGACAUAUUCGAAAUUUAGCAUUUAUAGUAAACAAAUGCGAUGAACGUUUAAUAUCAUAUCAGAUUAUUUCAUUGACUUUGGACGCAUAAUUUUGUAGAGCAAAAUGACAAUUAUAUAUUUGAUGAACAAUACCUUGUGCAAGUGACUGCAUGUUAUUCCUUCUAAAAAGGAAGCAGUGUUUAAUACUCAAGAAUAAUACUCAACUAUGAAAUUAGAGAGGCAUUAGCUGUGAAAGUGAUGGCAACCUUUUUAUCUCAAAAUCUAUCAAUGGCAUAGGAAUAUAUAUUAAUGAUUAAUAAAAAUAUUCAUUUUGUACAAGAACAAUAGUUAGGUAAUCGCUUUUAGUGUAUAGAAAUGUAUAAGGAAGAAUUUUGUCUUGCAAGGCAAUCAUUAUUUAAUCACCAAAAUUGCACAUUCAUGUGCCUGCUAUGAGGUUAAAAAGUGUUUGAAAUAAUUAAAUUUGUAUUAUUACUGAAAUCUAUAAUAUGGAGUAAUUUUCGGUGACAAAAUGACAACUAAUGUCCUUUUAACUAUAUGCAACGUGAUUGUAAUAUGAUUAAAUCGUACAUUAUUAAUAA